AAAAACCAAAACAGUGGAGCACGAGCCAAUAUGGCGACAAUGGCGACGCGGUGUGAGUGGCGGAUUUGGGGCGGCAUUUAAAAAAGCAUGUUGUCAAGUUCGCGCAAGUGUUUCUGUGAUUCGUGUUGAGUUUAGUGUAAAUGUAGAAUGUCAGAACCAAAACGGGUUCCCUUGCAAACCCUGGAGUUUCCGGAUUCCCUGGGCCACGCCGCCAAGAAGGAUAAGGACAAGAAGCUCCUUCCCUCCCACCGCUUUACGUUGACCCUGCCGGAACCUAAUGAAGAGAGAUGUCCGGAGUUCAGCUAUACUAAACUUCUAAAAAAUGCUGAGAAAAAGCGAAUUAAGGAGAAUAAACGAAAAAAUAAUCACACUACGAAUGGAUUGGAUCCCUAUGAUGAUGACGAUGAGGAUAAUCUCAAAGAGAUGGCGAAAAAAUUCGAAGCCAAAUAUGGUUACACGGAUUUGGGUGCCGGUUACGAUGAAAAUGAUUCUUUCAUCGAUAACACGGAUGCUUACGAUGAAAUUGUACCCGAUGAGGUAACGACAGCUUAUGGAGGCUUCUAUAUUAAUAGUGGAGCUCUUGAAUUCAAAAAUGCCAACAACAAUACUGUCUUUAAUGUUCGAAAUUAUAACGAUGACGACGAUGAAAGUAGUGAAGACGAUGAAGAUGAAGAAGAUACACCCAAGAGAUCAGAUAAACGUACAAAUUCUUCCUCAGAAUGUGAAGAAGGAGAAGAAAUUGUUCGAGAACAUCCUGCAAAGAAACAAAAAUUGGAAGAAGUUGUUGAGAAGAAAUCUAAUAAUGAUAAUGUGGUUAGAAAAAAGAAGAAACUAAAUCAUCAGUCCGAGGAGAUUCAAAAUAAUAGUUCACAAAAUACUCGAGAGUCUGAGUCAGUUAAAAAGAAUACAGAGCAGAGUAAAGUUGACAAGUCAGAGAAAGAAACAAAUGGUGAAUCAGAGGAAAAGAAAAAGAAUACAAAAUUAAAUGAUGUUCAACGUACGAAAACAACAACAACAACAGGAGAGAAAAAAUUUGAUGUGAAAAAAUUUGUGAAAAAAGUAUCGAGCAAUGGUUUUGAUUCAAAAAAGGAGGUAAAGGAGGUAAAGGAGGUAAAAAAGGAUACUAAUAUUGACAACGCUAUUGAAAGUGUAGUUAAUGCCUCACAUGUUGAUGUUGAUGAAUCGAGUCGUGAAACUUCGGAUUCUGGAAAGUCACGUGGUGCUCCUGGAACUGAGUCCGAUUGCGAGGAACUAGAUAAACAAGAGUGUCCUUUGCCAGAUUGCCUUCCCGAUGAUGUUAAAGAAAUUUGUAAUAAUUUAAAAAUUCUCGCUAAACAAGCAACUGGAAAGAGUAAAUUUUUCUCUCCAAACGUUAGUACGCUUCUCUUCAGCUUAGAGGGUAAACUUCGAGUAAUAGGCACAAAUAGCGUAAGGCAGCUGACCUACAAACACUUAGCGCAUCAUUUACCUUGCACUAAAACAACACUUAUUAAUCGGGCCAAAAAAAUGCAUAUGCAGUAUCAAAGAGGUCGUGUUAAAUCCCAGUUGGAAAAGUUAAAGUCGAUAAUUGAUCAAGUUAUGCCAGCGGCUGAGGUAAAAUAUAAAAGAGAGUGCCAGAGGAUAAUGGAAGAUAAGAAUCUUCAGUCGCCAAUCAGAGAUUCUUUAUCUGAUCAAAAUGAUGCUGAUGGAGGUGUAAAUAAAAAUUCAGACAAAAUGCCACAGAAAAAGUUUCCUUGGAACGAUGAUAGCAUAAACAUUGUGCGAGAAAUGGCAAGCAGCAGGAAAAGUUACUUCAAAAUCUCGAGAACGAGGAAAGAAAGUUUAGAUACUUUUAUCGCAACGUUUUUUGAGACGGAUGUGUUACCUCUUUGGCCUGAAGGUUGGAUGAAAUUAGAAAAUCUUUUACAAUGUGCUACUGGCACUGUUUCCCCUAAGAAGAAGCAAAAGAAAUCAAAGGACACGAGUGUUUCAUCAAACUGCAUUGUCAUUGCUUCCGGUAGUGUUAAUAAUACUCAAAAAUCGGAAACUAUUGCAAAUAAUACAUCAUCACAUCAUGCAUUUGAUAAAGGGAAAACAAUUUCCAAUUCAUAUAAGGUAAAUUCGACGGAAAAUUCGCUCAAUUUAACAAUAACAAAAUCCAAUGAUUCAUAUAAUGAAAAAAAGCAAAUCAGUUCGAAGCAUAAAGAAAAGAAUAAUAGUAGUCUCACAAUAAAUAAACAAACAGAAAACGCGACUCCUCCUAACGUGCCUAUCGGAAAAAUAACCGUCGUGCCUACCGCGCAAUUAUUGGCGAAGCCCUCAAAUAAUAUUGAAAAAUUCAAUCCCAUGGAUCUCACCAGUAAUAGUUCCCUAUCAAUAACACCCGUUGAUUAUCAAAAACCAAUAACAAUAAAAACCAACGAUAUAAAAAAAGACACUGUCUCAAUUAUUCCAUUCUCUGAAACAACAACAAUAACAGCAACACAUAAUGAAACAGCAGCAGCAACAACAAACAUAUCGCAACAAAGCCAUUAUCAUUCCCGUCAGGAUUUAAAUAAUCAAAAUUCCGUUAUGGUUUCAAUGCCAAUACGUGUACUUCAAGAUGCCGCCAUUGAAACAAUUCAUAAUCGUAAAACUGACGUUGAUCAUGAUUUGGAUUAUUUAAAUAAAAGCGAGAAGAAACAAGAGCGUUAUUAUGAUGGUCGACAUCAAAAAACCCAUGAGACAAAGAAAAGAAAGAGAGAGAGUAAAAGUGAUAAGGAAAAAAUUGAACAAGAACAAAAACAAAUUGAAGAAACAGUUGCGGCAACAAAUUAUCUUAGUCAGAUUAUUAAUGAUGAUUUACCAGAGAAAAAAGAAGCAAUUAGUAUUGAUGAUCUAUUGGGUUCAACACCAGCUAGUGAUCAAGAGAAAGACGAUGUUCAAAUGGUUAUGCGUUCAAUUCAACAAUUACAAGAAGUAUUGAAUAAUUCGCCAACAAAUUCUUCAGUCGGUAGCAGCGCUUCCAAGUCCAUUAAAAAUGACAUUCAAUACAAUUUAUAUAGUAAAAAUGAUAACAACUAUAGAAUAUCGAAAGAGGAUAAUCAAUGGUGAAUUAUGCAGAAGAAUUGAUUUUUGAUUGUCGAAAAAAAAGAAAAGAAAGAAAGAGUUGUUCUUCCAUUUUUUUGUUGAAAAUUUUCUUUAAAAGAAUGAAUUAAUCCUCUUUGAACAAGAACGAUAUUCAAAUUGAGAUCGAAUGGAUAGUGGGUUUCAAGUUAAUAAUUAUUUUUUAAGUGUGGUUUUACUGCUCAUCAAAUUCACACGAGAUACAAACAUUCGAGUAUUUUUAAUUCGCCAAAAUCUGUACAUAAAAAUACAUGUACAGUAUGUAUGUAUCUAUUUGAGUAAUGUAGUGUAUACGAACGUACAUGUACAGAAUAAGUAUAAAUUAUCAAGUUACGAUAAUGAAAAUAACGUCGCUAAACGUACUGGCGUUUAUUUCCAAGAAGAGGGUGGCCUACUUUUUAUUUGGCUUUUUUUUACCUUAUUUAGCGAAUAGAUAAUUUUUGAUACUAGAUGUAUUUUUUUCGGUUUUGUAGAAUCAGAACUGGGCUUCAAUAAUAGAGGAAAAAUUGGACGGACAGUAAAAAAUUUUAUUCCAUUUUUAUCAAAUAUUUAAAAAUUUUUUAAUUUUAUUUUCAACAUUAUUAUUUAAUUAUCAAACCUAAUUUAUGAUUAAAUAUUAUUAA